AAUAGCAUUAUUUUUUUUCCUAACUUAAUGCUAUCCAUGUUUCCAAACAACACUAUUUUAUUUUUGAACUGCUAUCUAUGUUGUCAAACAAAAUUUAAACUCUUCUACUUUAAUAAGAUAGAUUUAUUAUCAUAUUCUAAAAAGAUUAUCAAAAUUUUCAAAAUUAAGCAUUAAAUGUAAUUAUCCAUGUCACAUUUAAUAUAAACCAUGUCACAUUUAUUUAGUGAAAAUGAUGGUAAAGAUGACAUGUGUCAAAAUUACUUUGCAAAUAAUAUCUUGGAUUGAAUGUUAUGUAACAAUUUAAGUAGGUAACUUGGUGACUAAUUAAUUCAGUUCCAAUUUAAAAAGACACCAGUUGGCAUUAACAUUCACAACACAACCCGAACAAGAUUUGAUUUGUUCUCAUGAGAAGUUAUAACUCUUUUCUCUAGCUCAAAAGGCCAACUUUUGAACAAAGCAAUCACGAGAAACCUUUGAAUAUCUCUUACUUUGGAUCCGUUCCUUGUUCACUUGGUUUCUUCUUUAACUUCCAAAACACAACUCGUAUCAUAACCUCUCUGGUGCUUUUCCAUCUUCUCGUGUCUUUUUCCCCGGAAAAUUUUCUCCCUCCUUUGUUGAUUUUUCCCGGAAACUUUCCUUGUUCUUCUAUCUUCUAGGAAAAAAGAAAGAUGAAACCCAUUUGUUUCCUUCUCUGUUUCUGUUUCCUUCCUGUAAAAGUCUCCUCCUUUUGACAUAAUCUUUCUUGGUUUAAAUUAUUAAAAACCUCUCUUUGAACAUUUCUUUUCCCUGUUUCUGUUUUUGUUUAUUUCCGAGAAAAUUAAUGAAACGGCGGCUAUAUUAUCGGGAGAUCCUAUCGAAUCCAUGUUUCUGAAUCAGUUCAUGCACUUCUUGAAAUCUAUUCACACUUUCAGAAGGAAAACCCUAGUUUAACAAAACCCUAGAUCCUCUGCUUUCAAAACCCUUCCUUGUCUUCCAAGCAAACUCUCCUCUGAUUUUUCAACAUGCCUGGUUCAUGUUUCAACCCGUUUCGACGGUCUCCAAGAUCCAAGUUCCCUGCAGAGGCUUCCUUCCCGGCCUUAUCCGCUAAACCGUCUUCAUCGAAAACAAACCGGUAUGCAGAAAGUGAGACGAUGGAGAAGAAGAGAUUCGACAGUAUGGAGUCUUGGUCGAUGAUUCUUGAGUCCGAGAACGUGGAGACAUGGGAAGCGUCUAAAGGCCAAAGAGAGGAAUGGACCGCUGAUCUUUCGCAGCUCUUUAUCGGAAACAAGUUUGCUUCCGGAGCGCACAGCAGAAUCUACAGAGGGAUCUACAAACAAAGAGCCGUCGCUGUGAAGAUGGUGAGGAUCCCUACACACAAGGAAGAGACAAGGGCUAAGCUCGAACAGCAGUUUAAGUCCGAGGUUGCUCUGCUUUCUCGUCUCUUUCACCCUAACAUCGUCCAGUUUAUUGCGGCGUGCAAGAAACCUCCUGUAUACUGCAUAAUAACUGAGUACAUGUCCCAAGGGAAUCUCCGAAUGUAUCUAAACAAGAAAGAGCCGUACUCGCUAUCUAUCGAAACUGUACUAAGGCUGGCUCUAGACAUCUCUAGAGGAAUGGAGUAUCUUCACUCACAGGGUGUUAUCCACAGAGACCUUAAGUCCAACAAUUUGCUUUUGAAUGAUGAAAUGAGAGUUAAAGUUGCAGAUUUUGGGACUUCUUGUCUUGAGACGCAAUGCAGAGAGGCCAAGGGUAAUAUGGGAACUUAUCGAUGGAUGGCUCCAGAGAUGAUCAAGGAGAAGCCUUAUACUAGAAAAGUGGAUGUUUAUAGCUUUGGGAUCGUUCUAUGGGAACUCACCACUGCCUUGCUUCCGUUCCAAGGCAUGACUCCAGUGCAAGCCGCAUUCGCAGUCGCUGAAAAGAACGAGAGACCGCCAUUGCCGGCGAGCUGUCAACCAGCACUAGCUCACCUGAUCAAGAGGUGUUGGUCGGAGAACCCCUCGAAGCGGCCGGACUUCUCAAACAUCGUGGCGGUACUAGAGAAGUACGACGAGUGUGUCAAAGAAGGGCUGCCUCUGACAUCACACGCAAGCCUUACGAAGACUAAAAACGCUAUUCUUGAUCGCCUUAAAGGCUGCGUAUCAUCCAUCAGCUCAACAUCGUCCUCCUCCUCUGAACCUGAAAAUGCCUAGUAAUUUAAAGUUGUUUAAGUACCAUAAACCACUCUCAUUGUAAAGAUUACUGUUCUUCUUCUUCUUUUUCUUUCAUUAGUUAUUUUAUUUCAUUAUUCAUCUACGCGAUGUUAUGAUUCGGGUUCCUCGUAAUUUUAAUUAAACUGGAUAUUUACAGUUUGUGUUCAUAAUUUUUGUAGGUUUUUUCUAUUUUCAUUCUUCAAAUCUCAA